CCAUCGCCGGGACGGAGCCCUGCGGCAAUGAGAUCUGAGCCUUGAAGACGUGACAACCUCAACCAAAAUAUCUGCAGAGAGCCUGUGCUUCAGCCCUAAUCAGUUAAUGAGCAAAACUUGUCCAAAGUGAGGAGAGAAGAUGGCCAUCAACUGGAAGGUCUGCUUCUUCAGCCUCGUAUUGCUUCCUGUGGUUGCAGCAACUCAUUCCAACUGCAUAAUCAAAAAGGAGCAAGAGACUUGUCUGGAGAAAAUCCGGAGGGCGACGGCCCUGAACCCUCUCAAUGACUCUUCUCCAGGUUGCCCAGGAAUGUGGGACAAUAUCACAUGCUGGAAACCUGCAAGUGUGGGAGAAAUUGUCUUUGUCAAGUGUCCUGCACUGUUCAGAUUUAUCAUCUCUGAAGAUGGUUGGGAAGUGGAUAAUUUGGGGCAAACCCAUGCAGGUGAUUAUGACCUGCUGGAAAGCACAGCCCAGUCUCUCCUAGGGGACAUCAGCAGGAAUUGCACUGAAGAUGGCUGGUCUGAACCUUUCCCUCAUUAUUAUGAUGCCUGCGGCUUCGAUGAGAACGAAACAGAGUCGGAUAACCAGGAUUACUACUAUCUCUCGGUGAAGGCUCUGUACACGGUGGGAUACAGCACUUCCCUGGUGUCCCUCACCACUGCCAUGGUCAUCCUGUGCCGCUUCAGGAAGCUUCACUGCACUCGGAAUUUCAUCCACAUGAACCUCUUUGUUUCAUUCAUCCUCCGUGCAAUAUCUGUGUUCAUUAAGGAUGGGGUUCUUUAUGCUGAGCAGGAUGGAAACCACUGUUUUAUCUCCACGGUGGAGUGCAAGGCAGUGAUGGUGUUUUUUCACUACUGUGUCAUGUCCAACUACUUCUGGCUGUUCAUCGAGGGGUUGUACCUCUUCACUUUGCUGGUGGAAACCUUCUUCCCAGAGAGGAGAUAUUUCUACUGGUACACAAUCAUUGGCUGGGGUACCCCAACAAUUUGUGUCACUGUCUGGGCAGUGCUGAGGCUUCACUUCGAUGACACUGGCUGCUGGGACAUGAAUGACAACACUGCCUUGUGGUGGGUGAUCAAGGGUCCUGUGGUUGGGUCAAUCAUGAUAAACUUUGUGCUUUUUAUUGGCAUAAUUGUGAUACUUGUGCAGAAACUCCAAUCACCUGAUAUUGGGGGCAAUGAAUCCAGCAUUUACUUCACCCUCCCUCUUCCUCCCAGAUGCAGCUGCAGUCCCUGCCCAGGACACUUGCGCAGCUGCGUUCAGAAAUGCUACUGUAAGCCUAAGAGGGCUAACCAGCACUCUUGCAAGAUGUCAGAACUAUCAACCAUUACCCUGAGACUGGCUCGCUCCACCCUGCUGCUGAUCCCCUUGUUUGGAAUUCACUACACGGUGUUUGCCUUUUCUCCUGAGAAUGUCAGUAAGAGGGAGAGACUGGUGUUUGAGCUGGGACUGGGAUCCUUCCAGGGUUUUGUUGUUGCUGUUCUCUACUGCUUCUUGAAUGGGGAGGUGCAAUCAGAAAUAAAGAGAAAAUGGAGGAGCUGGAAAGUCAACCGGUAUUUUGCUGUGGAUUUCAAACAUCGCCAUCCUUCUCUAGCGAGCAGCGGAGUGAACGGGGGGACACAACUCUCCAUUCUGAGCAAGAGCAGCUCUCAGAUUCGGAUGUCCAGCAUAAAUGCAGAGAACCUGGCGACAUGAGCAGCUGAGGAGAGCAAAGCAACCAACGAGCAAACCAAAAACCAUCCUUGAAAAAGAAAAGAAGGAAAUAAUAGUUUUGGUGGUGGUGCAGGUCUCUCUUCUUUCCUUUCCUU